AUGGCGUAUCAUUCCCAUGCUGGGCCAUCAAACCCGAAUCUUCGACCUCCCCCUCCGCAAUUUCAGCAAGGAUCCGCAGGUUACGGUAAUCCUCCCGAUGGAGACGAAGCUCAGGAACCCGGUGGCUUUGAUACCCUCAACUGGUAUCGACAUUACAUGCUGUGCCAUGAAUACUUUCUCGACAGAGCUCAACAUGAUUACUAUGUUCAAGCCGUAGCAGCCUUUAUAAACAUACAACUUCCGUUCCAAAGACAGCCAUACCCAGUCAAUCGAGCCUCAGCCUCGUGGUCUUUGAAGAAUCUGACCGAUCGUCCCCAGGAGCAAGAUCACCCCCCCGGUUAUCCACAGCCGGUUUCCCUAAUCCCGUAUAUAAAACGAUUGAUUGUUACUGGUCAUGAUGAUCAUCGGAUUCUGGGAACGUGGUUCGGGUCAGAUUGGAUUCAAGGAAUAGGUACCAUCCACGAGAUGGAGCGACGCAAUUAUCUUUUCGCAUCGAAGAGUAAAGAAUGGCUCGACGUAAAGAAAUACUACGAUGAUUCGCCAGCAGCGGAACAGUCAGUGCCUUAUAUGAUCCCUCUUCCGCAAGUCAAAGAGGUCGAACUUCAUCAUGCAGAUGAAGCCUGGAGUAGUUGGAUGGCCAUGCAAGACUGGGUAAUUGGUCCCAGGGCCCCGGAAGGUCUGUUGCCGCCACCACGUUUACGCUCGCCGCACUACAACUCGCCACGGAUCAAGAGGGAGAGUGAUUUAGAUGAUUGA